AGGAGGGUACAGAGGUUCGCUUGUUCUCAAAGUCAUUGCGUUAUAAUCCGGCAAGAUUUUGCAUAAGUCAUAUUAACUAUUUUAUUCAGAGAAUUAAGGGAGCGAGGAAAAGGGUUUUAAAUCAGGUUCUUAAAUUUUAUCGGUGGAAAAAUGGCGCUGAAAACAAGCUUCAUCGAGUGGGACAAAAUGCCCUCCCCUCCCCUAAAAGGUUUGUUUUGAAGGCACUUUCCAGAGCAUUCGGCGCAUGUGACGAGAAUUUUAUAUAUAAAGCACUUGUCUUAGAUAGCUAGUUCACGUCAUUGAAGUUUUAAGAUUGCAUAGCGCUGAGUUAUAGGCGAAACCAUGGGAAGAGAUUACUAUAAAAUCCUUGGCGUUCCUAAAACAGCUAAGGACGACGAAAUCAAGAAAGCCUACCGAAAGCUUGCUUUGAAGUGGCACCCAGACAAGAACAAGAGUGCGGGAGCAGAAGACAAAUUCAAAGAAAUUUCCGAAGCUUAUGAUAUCCUCAGUAAUAAGGAAAAGAGAGAUAUCUUCGAUAAGUACGGUGAAGAAGGACUUCACGGUGCUCCACCGAGUGGAGGCAAUGGGAUGAACAUGAAUUUUGGUAGCGGAGGACCAGGAUUCGCAAGAACAUUUGUGUUCACGAGUGGAAAUGCACGCGACACCUUCGCCCGAGCCUUCGGAGACGACGACGAAUUUGCCGACAUCAUUGGCGGCCUUGGGGGUUUUAGCUUCUUCAAUGAUAGCAGAGGUAGAAAGCCAGGCCAGAGAGCAAAUGGGAUGGGAAAUUUCAUGUGCGACUUCGAUGGCAUGGCCCCACAAACAAAGAAACAAAAAGUCCAGGAUGAAGCAAUCGAGAAAGAUCUGUUCGUGAGUCUGGAGGAACUGCUGAGUGGCUGCACGAAAAAGAUGAAAAUAUCUCGGAAAGUUCUCGACGGGCGUGGUAUUUCCAGAAAAGAAGAGAAAAUACUGACGGUGAACGUCAAACCAGGAUGGAAAGCAGGAACAAAAAUAACUUUCCCGAAGGAAGGCGAUCGCAAACCUGGAGUCGUCCCGGCCGAUGUUGUGUUCAUUGUCAAAGAUAAAACACACAGCCAGUUCACGCGGGACUCCAACAACAAUAUAAUCUACACUGCAAAGAUUUCAUUAAGAGAUGCCCUGGCUGGAGGACAAGCCGAAGUUCCUACUCUUGACGGACGAAAAUUGGGACUAAGAUUAAACAGCAUUGUAAAUCCAGAUUCAACCGAGCGCAUUCAUGGAGAAGGCCUUCCCUUGCCCAAAAAUCUCACCAAGCGAGGUGACUUGAUUGUCAAAUAUGACAUUCGUUUUCCAGAUGAACUAUCUUCCGCUCAGAGAGACAUUUUACUGGAUAUAUUACCAAGAUGAAAGAAAAAGAUAUCAUUUGAAUUUUUUCCUACAUGGUAAAUAAUUUAUUCAUGUACCUGUAAUAUAGUAUUUUAAAAAUGGCCAAGAGCUUCUUUUGGUUUCUAAUAAUAUAUUUCUAAACAUAUAUUAUGUCCAUGUAGUAAUAUCAAGAGUCUGAUUACAUUAAAAAUAUUUUCGUUUCUUAAAUUUGA